CGAGCACUGGGAACAACGCCUCCCAGACGAGGCAUUGUCAUAGAGGGCGGGGGCUGAAGCUGUCGGGGACACUCUGGGAGCAGGGCUAGGGCCAAGGCUCGACCCCUGGGAGGUGCCCGGGCUAGUAACUGCCCUCGCCACAUGGACGUCCUUCGCGGUCCGUGCAGCCCAGUCCCACUCACCCCCACCCCACGCGACCCUAGCAUCUUGGAGUUGGGGGACUACAGGGCCAGUAAGUGCUACUUUGAGCUGUUUGCGGCCGCUGUGGGCGAUGUGGAAUGGCUGCGGUUCUGUCUGAACCGGAAUCGCGGGGAAAUCUCAGCCGACAACAAGGGCUUCACUGCCAUCCACUGCGCAGCCGAGGAGGGCAAACUUCAGUGCCUCCACGUCUUGGUAGAGGAGUACCAAUUUCCAGUAAACUUGACCACCCGAAAUGGUCAGACCCCUCUGCAUCUGGUCAUUAACAAGGACAACAAGACUGUGGCACUCCCCUGCAUUUACUACCUGCUCCAGAAAGGAGCAGCCAUUAAUAGCCAGACAAAAAGUGGCUCCACACCCCUGCACCUGGCAUCCCGUGAAGGAAUGCUGAGCUGUGUGAAGUACCUGGUACAGAAUGGUGCCAAUGUCCAUGCCAAAGAUGCCGCCGGUUGCAAGCCCAUUGACUACUGCAAAAUAUGGAACCGUCGUGCCUGUGCCCGGUUCUUAAAGGAUGCCAUGUGGAAACGGGACAAGAAGGAUUUUGCCCGUGAGAUGGGGAAACUGAAGCACCUCAAGGAUCAGCUGAUCGUCAUGGAACACAACUACCUGGCUGAGUAUCAAAAAGAACGCCAACUUCUGAGAGAAGCUGAUUUCAGGAAGUGGCUCCAUUCCAAGCUGCCGUACCAAUGCCAUAGCCUGGUCCACAAAACCAGGGAAGAGGAGGAUGAUGUCCCACCUUUGAGUACUGCCCUCUCCAAGACUCAAAAAUCCCAGAUUUCUAUGAGCUUCCAUCCUUCCUUGGAGGAAUAUCUGCAAAUUAUAUCACAGCGGGUGGUGCCUGCCAAGCCCAGCUACCAGAAGCCUAAUAUCAAACAGCCCAGCACGUGGAAUAUUAGCACUAACCCUUCCAGACCACCUACCACCGAGAUUGGAAGCCCGCAGGGAAUCCGCCUGGGCGUGCACCCAGACCCGUGCUUGGAGCACGACUUCCAGGACUUUCUGGAAGUGACUCCAGACCCUACUGGUGGAGCAUGGCUGCAAACAGUGGACGGCCACUGGGUGGCGCCCGUGCCCAAGUUGCCUUAUGAGGUGAUAGUCCGAGUUCUGUACCCAAGAGCACAGCCACACAGGAUGAAGGUGCCCCAGGGCCUUUAUCCCAUCAACAUACUGGAUGUGCCCAAGAAGCAGCACUUCAGUGAAGACACCUUCCAGGCCAAUGCUCUGGUCAUGAACCUGCGUGAGAUAUUUGAUGAAGCCUUCCUGGCAGCCAUGGGAGCUCAUCAGGGGUCCCCUGACCUGCCUUCCCCCCAAGGCCCUCCAUAAAGUUAUUCUGGUGGCCUCUCUACCUGAGAAAAAACCA